UCCGCGGCGCCGCCCACCGCUGGGCUCCCGCCUGCCUCUGCGUCCGGGCGCAGUGGGAGCCGCGCCGCCGGCGCCGGCUUCUCCCAUGAGACUCGGCGCCCGCCCGCCGGCCCCUGGCGUGCGCGGCGGGCAGUGGCCGGGCUCUGCGCGAGGUCGCCGCCAUGCUGCCGGCCCUGGUCGCCCAGCGGCGGGGCUGCCGUAGCCUCUACCGGCUGUACGUGCGGUGCCAGGCGGCGCCGCUCCGUCGCGCCUGCCACGGAUGGCAGGCUUCAAUGAAAAGUGGGAAUCUUUCUUAUAUUCUGCCUUGCAGUCGUCUGCCUGUGCAGCUGAUGAGUCAAGUGAGAGUUUAUACCUCUAAUGGUCAGAAGAAAGAUCUUGGAUCAGAGGAUACAAAUGUAUCAACCCCUGAAGAAACUGGGCCCAAAGUUGGAACAGGUCUUUGUUUGUUUCAGUUUUCACAGUGCUAAGACUAAAGUAAAGAUUAUUUAUUUAUGGCAAGAUGCCAACAGUGUAGGUCAAAAGCAAUCUUUUCUGAAAGAGCCAAUUCAAGUGAAAGUGAAAGCAGUCCUUAAAAAGAGAGAGUAUGGACCAAAGUACACACAGAAUAACUUCAUCACUGGAGUCAGAGCAAUAAAUGAGUUUUGUCUUAAAUCCAGUGAUUUAGACCAGCUGAGGAAAAUUAAACGACGAAGCCCCCAUGAUGACACUGAGACCUUCACUGUGUACUUGAGAUCGGAUGUGGAGGCAAAGUCUCUUGAAGUUUGGGGUAGUCCCGAGGCUCUUGCUAGAGAAAGAAAACGACGUAAAGAGGCAGAGAUCGAGUACAGAGAAAAUCUAUUUAGAAACCAAAGGCUGUUGAAGGAGUAUAAGGAGUUUUUUGGAAAUACUAAGCCACGCUCCAGUAAAGCAGCUAUGUUUCUCAAGGGACCAGGAAAGGUGGUAAUGGUAGCUAUUUGCAUAAAUGGGUUGAAUUUUUUCUUUAAACUACUUGCUUGGGUUUACACGGGUUCUGCAAGUAUGUUUUCAGAAGCCAUACAUUCUUUAGCAGACACUUGCAACCAGGCAUUACUAGCUUUGGGCAUCAGUCAGUCUGCAAGGACACCUGACCCUAGUCAUCCAUAUGGCUUUACAAACAUGCGCUAUAUUGCCUCCCUGAUUAGUGGGGUGGGAAUUUUCAUGAUGGGUGCAGGACUUUCUUGGUAUCAUGGGAUCAUGGGCUUACUCCAUCCUCAUCCUAUAGAAUCUCUUCUCUGGGCGUACUGCAUUUUAGCAGGAUCAUUGGUAUCUGAAGGAGCUACUCUUCUUGUUGCUAUAAAUGAAAUUCGGAGGAGUGCUCGAGCCAAGGGUCUUUCAUUUUAUCAAUAUGUUGUGCAGAGUCGUGAUCCUAGUACAAAUGUGGUGUUACUGGAGGAUGCUGCCGCAGUUCUGAGUGUGGCCGUAGCUGCUACCUGUAUGGGUCUGACUUCUCUAACAGGAAACCCCUAUUAUGACAGUUUGGGGUCUCUAGGUGUUGGAACUUUGUUAGGAACUGUGUCAGCAUUUCUAAUCUACACUAACACAGAAGCCCUGCUGGGAAGAUCUAUUCAACCUGAACAACUGCAGCGACUUACCGAGUUACUGGAGAGUGAUCCUGUUGUAAGAGCAAUUCAUGAUGUUAAAGCCACAGACAUGGGAAUGAGCAAAGUGAGAUUCAAGGCAGAAGUAGACUUUGAUGGACGGGUUGUUACUCGUUCUUACCUGGAAAAACAAGACAUUGAACAGCUGCUACAAGAAAUUCAACAAGUGAAGACUCUUGAAGAACUAGAAGCCUUCAUGCUUAAACAUGGUGAGAAUAUCAUUGACACACUGGGAGCUGAAGUAGACAGACUUGAGAAGGACCUAAAGCAACGGAAUCCUGAUGUUCGUCAUGUGGAUUUGGAAAUACUAUAGACUUGACGGAAGAGGUCUUUAAGUUGCUACCGUUUUGGAAAGAAGUUGUGUAAAGGAAUGAAAAGCUUCUGAAACUGCAGUGACCUCAGUACCAUACCUCGCUUACUUUUGCUGUAGGCAUCCUGGACUGUUAGCGCUGCUUCUGGAAGAACAUUAGAGUUGCAGGCAAAAAUUCCUAUGGCAAAAUCAAUUUCAAAAAGCUACUUCACUUAAUUUCCACAAGAGAAUCUGUCUGAGUGAAUUAACUGCAAUUCAGAACUCGAGACUUGAGGUUCAGUUAGGCAAAUAUUACUGCCUGAAAAUGUACAACAUGCCUAGUUUUCCAUUGUGUCCCUUUGCAAUCAGUUUGCACUUUGUUAGUUUCUUUCAAGAUAUCAUUAAAGGUUCUUGGGAGAUAUUAAGAUUAGCUAGGAAGACUUUGUUCCAGUGGAACCUGCCAACCUUGAAGUAGUUGUUAUUUUCCAACUGUGUAAUUUUUUCACAGUUUUUCUUUCCUAUGAGAUGAGUUCUUUCUAACAGGCACUGGCCUUCUCUCAAGUACCAUGACCUGGAAAUCUGCGUUUUGCCACUGUUGCAGUUCACAACAGCACUUAAGAAAAUCAUUUUCUUUCCUCAGUGGAGUCAACUUUGUGUGACUAGCCAGAGUAUGUUGAGUUACUGUGAAGAAAUUACUGUGUAGGGAUUUCGGUGAAGUUCCUCUGUUUAGAUUUUGUUCUUUUUCCCCUAAUUGUAUAUUACUUCUCUUAUUUGUAAAUAUCUUCAGAUGUAAUCUGGGAGAUAUUUAUGACAGUGCUUAUUAAAAUUUACCUGGCAUUUUUGGCUUUUUAUACUUUUAAUAGGCUGUAUUGCCAGAAAUGGUCUUUGCUAGAGACACAUUUGGGAGUUAUAAUAGUCAAAAAUGUAUUAGAAAUAUUUAUAAUUAAACAGAAAUGAAUACAUUGUAUUUUUAAUUUAUUUACCUAUAUGCAUUAUCUGUUGUCUGAAUUCUGAACUGCUUGCUUUGUGUUUUUUAAGAAUCAGCCUUGCUUGUCUGGGAGAAUGAAACCAGUAGUCUUCAACAAUCCUGAGAUGAAGUGCUUAGAGCUUAUAAGUUUGAAAUGUGCAAUUCUAGCACUAUAUAAAAUAGACUUCUAGAAUAAGGCUUUCUGCAGCAGGCACCCAAGUCAGUGGAUUCUUUGAAAGUCAGUCUUUUAAUAAAGUCUAUGAGUACAGAUCAUGCAAACCUAUUAAUUGGAAUGUAAAUGAAAUGACUACAGAUAAAUAACUGAGGAAAAUUAUUUAUACACUUCAAAAUAUUUCAGUAAAAUGAAAAUUGCUCAUGGGUGAGAGGUGGCAGUUAGAGCCUCCUAGUGACUCAGUUGCUGACUAAUUUAAUGACUGACUUGCUGAGAGAAGAAAUAUUGAUAUGAAGCAAGUUUUCAAAAAUCAAUUUGUUAAUCUUAAAUUAUAAGCAUUGCAGCAAAUAGUAAUUGUGGAGACCAAUAUGUCAGGAUUGGAUUAAAAGCUUUGUAAUGUUUUUCAUGUAAAAUGACAGCAGUGAAUUAGAAGAAUUUAAAAUAGCAUGCCUUUUGACAAUUGAAAAGCACUUUGCAUGCUGGUCAUUUUCAGUAGAAUAACAUUCCAGUCUUUCGUUUUUUUUAAAAAGGAGACUUCACAUACUGUAAUUUUGGGUGACUAGUACCCUUGUCCAUAAUUCCUUUUCACUAGUGACUUCUUCGUAGUGUAUUAGCUUAUUAUGGCUAAUCCAAAAGAAAGCUGCAUUUACCUGUUUUUCUCCUACUGUAGAACUGGUUAGUAUACUUAAGCCUGAUGAUCUGAAAUGCAUUUAGUGAAAGAGGUUAAAGGUAAUUUGCAAAUGUACUGUCUCAAGUAAAUAAGAGAUAUGUUAGCAUGUUAUAAAUCAUUUAUCUGCCUCGCCCCUGCCUAUGUGAGCUUCAGCUCAUCUUGGUAUGCACUCUGCUGAUGACAGUCUCAUUCAUGAAGAGCACUGAAAUGUGAUAAUGCAUAUCUUUUUUCCUUCUUCCUUGAAUAUUUAAAUGGAUUUUGAAUUUGAAUAGACACUUAAAAAUUGUUAUUCCGAAGAUAUUAAAAGCAUGAAUAAAAGGGGUGAAAAUGGGCAAACGUUCUUACUGUGGGGGAUUAAGGGAGAGAGGAAAUGUGAUGUAAAUGGUUUGUAUGCUGGAGUUAGCGAUGAAUAAGUAGAGUUAGUCUGCACUUUGCAGGGCAGAAGUUUCAUUCUAAAUACUGAAAUGUUCCCAUAUCAUGUUUAAGAAGAGACAUGAGCGUAUGUUCUUGCAGGAUGUCUGCUCCAAAGCCUGUAAAAAUGAUACUUUCGUACUUAUUAGAGACGUAAUUUGUAUGAAUUCUGACCUUAGUUUCCUUAUCUGAAUCAGAAGCAUAUCCAUCAACACACUUUCUGUUAAUAUUCUGAGAUAAAAUUCAAUUCCUUCUCUCCCAAUUGCAUUAUUGAUUAUAUCAUCACGAUGUGUUAAGUUUAAGAACCUACAACUUGAAUGUUUUUGGUAAUGUCGUAAUUGCAUAGUUUCAGGACCUUCUUUUGUUUUUAAAACUGACCUGGAUAGUGGUGUGUUAGAAGAAAAGGCAGACUGACUGGUUUUGGCAGUCCCUUAUGGGUUUGCAUAUCUUGCAGUUGGAUGAAAAUAUUGGUUCAUUGAGCCUGUCAGUUUGUUUAGAAAGGAAAGGUAAUUUCAAGUUGCUAGAGUUUAAUAUAUAUUAUAAUUUGCAGAUUGCCUUUUAACAGAUUUGACUUUCUUUUUGUUUAAACAACAGCGGUCUUUAUAGUCUAAAACUUGAGGUGAUGUGGGUCCAGUACUUAAUUUACUUUUCUUUUAGUGUUUUGGAGGACAAUUUGUAGAUAGUCCAUUUACAUGACAGAAUCCUCUGAAUUAAAAAAAAAAAAUUGCAAAGUGUGGAGGAGUAGAGUUUUUCUUUAUCACAAAUGCAGUUACUUAAUGUUCCUUUUAAAUUCAUUUGAAGGAUUGAUUAAGGAAAGGGAGUGACAGCUAACAAAUUUAUAUUCUAGGAUACUUUUCAGUAAAGCUUUAGUAUUUUAAAAUAAUUUAUUUUUGUAGGGUGUUUUGGCCUUGAGUAUUAUUUAUUCACAUUGUGUUCAAAGUACUAUUGCCCUCUGCUUUGUGAAAAGAUUGCUUAGAUGUUGCAUGAUGUCUCGUAAUUCCAUAAAACUUUUGCUGCUUAAAAAAGAAAAGAAAAAAAAGUUGUAACACUUCAGUAUGUGGAGUGAUCUUAAUAUAUUUUUGCUGGAUGCUAAUAAUACAUACUUUUCUAUAUGAUGAUUUUCUAUAAAAGAUAAAAUUCUGAAUUCUUUGCCCCCAUGAAUCAAUUUCAGGUCUAAAUUGUCUCCUUUAUGCACUGUGAAAUUCAACAUGUGCUGCUUUUCCCCUUUCUAAAGUAAUUUAACUAAACAAAUAUAUGUGUGGGUGUGUGUAUUACAGACUGCAGUUGCGAACAACUAUGUAAAACAUUCUCCACUGUUACCUAAGGAUUUAUUAAGCAUGGUGUACUAGUAAAUCCUUUAGUGAACUACCGUGUUGCAGAGGCACUGUUUGCUGUGUGUCCUGGUCUAAUAGCAGCAGGGACUCAGGGAACAGGAAAACAUUUUUAAUGACAAGUUGCAUCCUUUAUCCUCUGUGGCUCAUGCUUAAGCCAAAGGUAUUUUUAGGCUCCUUUCUUGAAUUCUCACACAGAUUUCUUUUAAUAACUCUCACUCUUACCUGAGUAAGAGUAAUAUCCUUACUUUGAGAGGAGGAAGCCAUCGUGGGCAUCUUGUAUUUUAAUAGCAGGGCUAUAUACUGCUCUUGGACUUUAGAUUUUAUACUAAUUGCUUGUUUAUUGAUAAUUUAUUUAGAGCAUGAUUGCUGUUUUGAAAGCUCCAAAUCAUGUUGGCAAAAAUUACCAGGUUUUUACACUUCUGCUAGGUGCAGGUUGUAUAAUAUAUAUCACAAAAAAUGAAUUUCUUUUAAAGAGAUUUUUUACUUACCAUUGUGGGGGGCCGAUGGAGGACAUGAAAGAAUUUUAAGGAUGGUUUGUCUAGGUAAUACACUGGUUGCAACUCUGUUCUUAUUUGUUACCAUUUUAGCUGACAUCUGUUUUUUCCUUAACAAAAAUUACUCAUUGUGGAAGUACUUCUAUUAAUGAUGAGUGCAUUAAAUACAGGUUACAUGCAAAGAGUUUUUAAGCUCUUACGUGUUGCAAGAAAUGUUGCGGUUUUUUUAAAUUUUCAAUCCUUUUUCUAAAGUUGAUUUAGAGGUCUGUCUUACAGAAGAAUCCACAGAAGCGUACUGUUGAAGACGUGAAAGAAAAGUACUUCAUUUUGUGGUCAUAUGUUCUUAAGGCAUUCUGGCUUGGCAGAAUAGAACAAUUGAUUAGUAUUGACUCCUGUACUAAAAUUGAAGUUCUGUGCUUGCCUAAAGGUGUACAUUGCAGAAGUGAAUAUAAAAUGAAAAUGCUUCCCUCCCCACCCCCCCAAAAUAUUGUGCUGCUUCUGUUCUUACUGUGAGCCCUAAAUAGAAAGUACAACUGACAUCUCUUUUGCAGUUUACCUGCUUAAUGUAAAUGAGAAAUUGAGAUGUACGAAAAAGAUUCUUUUGUAGAGGGGUUGGGUAGCUUAAAGAAGUAAUUUUUCCUUUCUUGUUCGUGAAACACGGAAAUAAUUGAUAUCAAAAGUAGACUAUAGCUUUAUUACAGGUAAAAAAGAAAAAAGAAUCCAUGCACAAUGGACUGAUUUCUGAAAUGCAUGCUCUUUGAGGAAAAUAAAAUGGGCCAGGAGCUCUGAAUAGUUAUGUGAACUGUAGAAGCUGCUGUCAGUCAGGCUUUGUUGAAGUAAAACAAAAAAAAAAAGAAUACAAGGAAGAAAAAACAGGAUGUUGAACAUUUGGGAAUAGGAAAGGAUCAACACAAUCUAGAAAAUGUGGCCAGAAAUGAGAGGCUGAUUGAAGAAGAAAAUGUUAACAGUAAGAAAUGGCAUUUGAUUAGAAUGCAUCAAACAAUGUAGUAUUAUAAUUGUCUUUCUUUUAGCAAUAUUAAGAUAGCUGGGUAUGUCCCCCCCCUCCCAAAGGCUGAUUCCCCCCCCCCCCCCCAUCUCUGAUCGAAUUAACAUCAGUGCCUCAGUUUAACUGUUUCCUAAUACGGUAUUCAAUCGUACGGGUUUAAACCUGUUUUUCCUCUGAAAACUUAGUUCUAUCCAAGAAUGACGGUAUAAUCUCAGUCUGAAGAUUUGUUGAUGAAUUGUGUAUUUGGUGAGUGGAGGCCGAGUAAUUUUAAUUCUGGAAAAGGGAGUUGGAGUGGAUGAAAGAAAUAAUGAAUUGCUUUUUUCAGCAAAGAAACAACUGAAGCACAGUACAGAUGAUGUUUUGGAAAAAAAGGUGCAGUGUUCUAAGGACUGCAGAAUUGUUAGAGUCAGCUUGCAAGCAUUGUUGAAUAUGUUAGUCCUUAUUUUUGGGUUGCUUAAAUGUCUGUGGAUAAGCAAGUUUUCUAGUUAAAUCAUCACGUUCUGCAAAGAAGUUAGAGAACAUUCAAAGCAUCAUGUAAAAGGGAUGUAUUUUUUUUUUUAAUACCACAGACAAAAAACAGAUUGUGGUAGAUAGAAGAACAGUUUUUCUCCCUAACCUGUAUUACAGCAGGCUCUCAAGGACAAUUUGUUUUUUGUGUGUAAAUCAGAACCGCCAAUUAAAAUAUAAAAUCUUAGUUAAUUCUUACAAGUCUUACACUAACAGUAAGCCUGGACAAAUUUUUGUAUUUCUAGCAUUCAUAGUACUGUUAGGGAGGUGUCUUUCCUAAAAUACUGGAAUAUAGCCCCACACUCUUUAGCCUAAGAUAAGUUUGAUUUUUGUAACCUAAAUUUAGACUGCGUUUAUUAAGAGAGUUAGAGUUAUUUCAUAUAAAAGCAUUGGAGGUUGUGAUCAGCUGCUUCAGAUCUGAAGAUGGAAGAAAAAUGUACAGUGUUGCAGAAAUGACAAUUUAUGGGUUUUUGGUAAGUUUCUCUUCAAAGUAAAGACACUGAAGAGAGGUGAGAAAAGUGUCUGGAAAAAUGUCUAAAGCAUUUGACAAGCAAUUACCAAAAUUGUGUUAAAUGUGAAAGCCAGCAGCGAGGAUUUUCACUGGUGGUAGAAUUUUCAGUGAGUAGUCUCAAAAUUGAAAUGUGCUUUCCCAUGCAGCCUUUUAAUCAAAUGUAUUCUCCCUCCAUUCUUAUGCUUUCAUGUACUGCUUUUUCAUUCUAUGUCUAGGUUAUUUCACAUUAGUGUGAGGAAAUCAUUAAUUUGUGAAGUGUAGACAUUUAAGUAUUUCUCUGCUUUUUUUUUUUUUUUUUUUUUUGUAAUUGGUACAUUCUGUAAAAAUCUCUAGAAGUUGUAAUUAUUCAGUAAAACGUUACAUACGUGGUAAA